AUGAGUGCUGCCCCCGGAUCAUCCGUCAAUGAUCCCAUGUCUGCCGCAGAAUGGGCUCGUCGCAUCCGCGCCGGCACAGCGCCGCCGUCCCUGAAUCUAGCACGGAUUGCCGCGACCAGCAACAACGGCGCCGAAGGGGUUGCUCUGCUCGACGCCAUGAAAAGCAAAGAGCCCAAUUUUUUGUCUUCAGAUCCAAAGUCACAACAAGUCCUCCUAACACACCUGGCCUUGGCGAAAGGCCAGCCUGAAGUUAUUCAAUAUCUCUGGGAUGCGUAUUCCAUCACACCAGACAACGACACGCUGGUCAAGACGGUCGAGACCAGAAGCGGUCGUAGCGUUGAGAUACUGCGAUGGCUUCUGGACCGGCAUGGUCUGGACAUCAAUCACGUACGCGUUCCGUCGCGGAGCCUCGGCAGCGACAGCGGCAGUAUUCCUACCACCACCGAUCCUCGAGACAGAGCAGAGCUGGAGCACGCUCAGAGCAUAGUGGUAAAAGCAAGGCAAAGGACAUCUUUGCAUGCUGCGGUUUCCAGGGGCGACGCCGAGGUUGUUCAGUUCCUACUGCAGAGAGGUGCGGAUGUAGGUAUAAAGGAUGGAAAUGGCCUGACUGCUUCAUCUCUCGCGGAGGCGGAGGGUCGAGAUGGCAUCCUACAGCUACUCCGUGCAUAA